AUGAUGAUGUAUAGUUAUAGACAUGGUUUUUCUGGAUUUGCUGCUAAGCUCACUAAUUCUCAAGCCAAACAAAUUGGAGAAUUACCUGACGUGGUUCGAGUUAUAAAAAAUCCUCUUUAUACGACUCAUACGUCAAGGAGUUGGGAUUUUUUGGGUCUUUCUAGAAAUUCUCCCAACAAUCUUCUCAACAAAACAAAUCAGGGUGAUGGAAUGAUUAUUGGCGUUUUAGAUUCAGGUAUAUCAGGAGAAUCGGAAGCUUUUAAUGAUAAUGGGAUGGGUCCAAUUCCAUCUCGAUGGAAAGGAAUUUGUAAAUCUGAAGCAAAUUUCAAUGCCACAAUACAUUGUAACAAAAAAAUAAUUGGUGCUCGUUGGUACAUAAAAGGAUUUAUGGAAGAAAAGGGACUAAGUCAAAGUAUUAUUGAUAAAACUUAUAAUUUAUCAGCAGUAGAUGCAAGUGGACAUGGUUCUCAUUGUGCUUCUACAGCUGCUGGUUCUUAUGUUAAUAAUUUACAAUACUAUGGUCUUAACAUGGGAACAAUAAGAGGAGGAGCACCACUUGCACGAUUAGCUAUUUAUAAGGCAUUAUUAUAG